GACCUUCAACAUUUCUCGCUACUACUCUCUUUCUCAUGGCUUCUUCCUCUUCUUCUGCGCCUCAUACUUGGAGAUACCGCGUCUUCACGAGCUUCCACGGAUCAGACGUCCGUACAAGCUUUCUUAGUCAUUUUCGCAAACAGUUUUACUACAACGGGAUUACGAUGUUCGAUGAUCAAAGAAUCGUGAGAGGCGAAACCAUUAGCCCCGCGCUCACGCAAGCGAUUAGAGAAUCGAGGAUCUCUAUCGUGGUGCUCUCUAGGAACUAUGCUUCUUCCAGCUGGUGUUUGGAUGAGUUGUUGGAGAUUCUGAAAUGCAAGGAAGAUAUUGGACAAAUAGUGAUGACUGUCUUCUACGGAGUUGAUCCAUCUGAGGUGCGCAACCAAUCCGGAGAUUUCGGCCUCGCUUUUAAUGAAACUUGUGCUCGUGAAACAGAGGAGGAGAAGCGAAAAUGGAGCCAAGCUUUGAACUAUGUGGGAAACAUAGCCGGUGAACACUUGCUAAACUGGGACAAUGAAGCCAAAAUGAUCGAGAAAAUUGUAAGAGAUGUUUCAGACAAACUGAAUGUUACACCAUCUAGGGAUUUUGAUGACAUGGUUGGACUUGAAGCUCAUUUGAGGAAGAUGGAGUCUUUGCUAGAAUUAGAUCAUGAUGAGGUUAAGAUUGUUGGAAUCACUGGUCCUGCAGGUAUUGGUAAGACAACCAUUGCCAGAGCUUUACAUAGUCUACUCUCUAAUAGGUUUCAUCUUAGUUGUUUUGUGGACAACCUUAGGAGAAGCUAUCAGAGUGGUUUUGAUGAGUAUGGCUUGAAGUUGUGUUUACAAGAACAAUUUCUUUCAAAGAUUUUGAACCAAAGUGGAAUGAGAAUAUGCCAUUUAGGUGCAAUAAAAGAGAGAUUGUGCGACAUGAAGGUACUUGUCAUUCUUGAUGAUGUGAAUGAUGUAAAGCAAUUAGAGGCUUUGGCUAAUGAAACGUGGUUUGGUCUUGGAAGUAGGAUUAUUGUGACAACGGAAAACAAAGAUCUUCUCCGGCAACAUGGUAUCAACAAUACAUACCAUGUAAAAUUCCCAUGUAGAGAAGAAGCACUUGAAAUCUUAUGUAGGUAUGCUUUUAGACAAAGCUCUCCACGUCUUGGUUUUAAAAAGCUUGCAGAAAGUGUAACAUGGCUUUGUGGUGACCUUCCAUUGGGUCUACGUGUGGUGGGUUCAUCUUUAUAUGGGAAGAAUGAAGACGAAUGGAAGUAUACGUUAUGCAGGCUAGAAACUAUCAUUGAUCGAGAUAUAGAAGAUGUACUAAAAGUUGGUUACGAGAGUUUACAUGAGAAUGAGAAAUCUCUAUUUCUCCACAUUGCAGUCUUCUUCAACAAUAAAGAUGGUGAACUCGUGAAAGCCAUGCUCGCUGACAAGAAAUUAAAUAUCGAACACGGGUUAAAUAUCCUAGAAAGCAAAUCUCUUAUAUCUAGGGAUGGGGGAAUAAGAAUGCACAAAUUGCUACAACAAGUCGGCAUACAAGCCAAUCAAAGAGAAGAGCCUUGCAAACGUCGGAUCUUAAUAGAUGCUCAAGAUAUCUGUUAUGCCCUUGAAAAUGAAACAGGUAAUGGAAUUGUGUCUGGCAUACUAUUUGAUACAUCAGGAAUUAACGAAGUGACAAUAAGCAAGAGAGCCCUUAGAAGGAUGGUUAAUCUUCGGUUCCUCAGAGUUUACAAAAGCAGUGGUGAUGGGAAUGAUAGAAUGGAUAUACCUGAGGAUAUGGAGUUCCCACCUCUCCUAAGAUUACUAGAUUGGGAUGCAUACCCAGCCAAGUGUCUUCCACUUAAAUUUCGCGCGGAAAAUCUCGUUGAACUCAAUAUGCGAAAUAGCCAGCUCGAGUACCUCUGGCAAGGAACUCAGAUGCUGACGAAUCUCAAGAAGAUGGAUUUGUCAUGUUCAGCUCAUUUGAAGGAACUUCCAGAUCUUUCUUUUGCUACAAAUUUGGAGAAAUUGGACGUAAGUUUUUGCCGGGCUUUGAUAGAGCUUCCAUCUUCUAUUGGGAAUCUUCAGAAACUAGAUAAGUUAAAUAUUGGUUACUGUGAAAGUUUGCAAGUCAUCCCGACUCACAUCAACUUGGCAUCUCUCGAAGUUAUAUACCUGACCGGAUGCCUAAAACUGAAAAGUUUUCCAGUUUUCUCUACAACCAUUAGGAGCAUCUCUCUGCAGAGAACAGGGGUGGAAGAAGUAGCUGCAUCAGUUAGGCAUUGCUCUAAGCUUUUGUAUAUUUAUAUAACAGAAUGUCGAACUCUCAAGAGCUUUACACAUCUCCCCACGAGUCUACAAGUACUAGAUUUAAGCAUGACUGAUAUAGAGAUGAUUCCAGAUUGUAUCAAAGACUUACAAUGGUUAGACAGCCUUCGUCUAUUCCGCUGCACAAAACUUAAAGCAUUGCCAGAGCUGCCAGGUUCUCUCACACUUCUAACCGCAGAAGACUGCGAAUCACUGGAGAGGGUAACAUACCCUUUAAACACUCCAAAUGCGCAACUCAACUUCACCAACUCCUUCAAACUAGGUGAAGAAGCUCAGAGAGCCAUUAUCCAACAACCGUUUCUUGACGGCUCGGCAUGCUUCCAUGGAAGCACAAUGCCUAGUGAGUUCAAUCACAGGGCCAGAGGUAGUUCCGUGAACAUUACUCUCCCAUCUUCUGGAUCCUCCACGUUCAAGGCUUGCGUCGUGAUUUCGCCUAACCAUCGCCAACAUGCAAGAGACUGCAGAAUCGUUACACUAGGGUGUCGUCUCAUAGACAACAGGGGAUGGUAUAAUUACAUUAAGUCUGUUUUCUUGCGACACCCUGAGAAAUCUACCGGAAUGCGAACGAAACAUCUGUGUAUAUUUCAUGGUACCGUGCCUGAAGUUAGCAACGACGCAGUGUUUGAAGUCUAUAUCAGCUCUGAGAAUCAAUUGGACAACUACAAGAUUAUAGAAUGUGGUGUACAAAUCUUGACUAACGAGGUGGAUAUAAAGAGCGACAGGGGAAGUGUUGAUUACGAUUACUCGAGCUACGAUGUUGAUAACGAUAGGUACGAGUUUGAUGAUUUCAACGACGUGUUGUACGAUUCUGAAGAUGGACUAAUCAGCUGUGACUCGGAAUCAGAUGAACAAGAGAAGACAUCAGACAAAGUUGAAAGAAGGUGACACCAUGCGACUCAAUUGAACCGGUCGGUUUAUUCAAAAUUUGUUAUGUGAAAUAGUAGUAGUGAUUGAUCGGUUUUGUGAUCCGGUUUAUGAAUUGUUUGUUGUUUAAUAUGUUGGUGUGCUUUUUGAUCGUAAGUUCAUAAGAUAGAUAAUAUUGGGCUUUUGAGCCCACACAUAAACAUAAGCGAGACCACCCGUCUUUGUAUUUCACAACGGUCACUAGAUAAUAUAGCUCUUAUGUGAAAUACAUUAAAUAACACCACACGCAAACAAAAAAACA